GUGGAUUACUUCUCGAGUAGCCCGUAACGAUGCCUCCGACUGAUUUCAACUUUGAUUCAAAUAGUAGUAAUUCACUGUCUCGGGAGCACUUCUGAACACUAUUAUCUGUGUUAUUACGGAGUUCAGGAACUCUCCUCCACCCGGAUCCCCAUCACCGGCUCUGCAGUAGAAGUUGAGAUUUAGAUGAAAUAGGGCGACAAAGCGCAUUCUAACUGGAUUUACACGCUUCCAGCUGCUCGUGAAUGAUGCCUGCCUGUCUUACGGGGAUUUACUGUCUACUGGCAUUUCUUCAGAUUUGUUCAGGGUCUCGUCUUCGCCAGGAAGACUUCCCUCCCCGCAUUGUUGAGCACCCCUCUGACCUCAUUGUGUCCAAAGGGGAACCAGCCACUCUCAACUGUAAAGCAGAGGGCCGUCCAACCCCCACGGUGGAAUGGUACAAAGACGGGGAGCGCGUCGAGACGGACCGCGACAACCCUCGCUCCCACCGUAUGCUGCUGCCCAGCGGCUCCCUCUUCUUCCUACGUAUCAUCCAUGGCCGACGGAGCAAGCCCGAUGAUGGCAGCUACGUGUGUGUGGCCCGAAACUAUCUGGGCCAGGCAAUCAGUCACAACGCAUCACUUGAAGUAGCCAUUUUACGAGACGACUUCAGACAGAACCCGGUGGAUGUUAUGGUCGCAGUGGGUGAGCCGGCAGUGCUGGAGUGCCAACCGCCCCGUGGGCACCCUGAACCCACCAUCUCCUGGAGAAAAGAUGGCUCUAACUUAGAUGACAGAGAUGAACGCAUCACAAUUCGCAGUGGCAAACUGAUGAUUACCAACACCAGGAAGAGCGAUGCAGGGAAAUACAUCUGCGUUGGAACCAACAUGGUUGGAGAAAGGGAGAGUGAGAUCGCUGAACUCACUGUGCUAGAACGCCCCACCUUUGUUAAGCGUCCCAGCAGUGUGGUGGUGCUGGCAGAGGAGAGCGUGGAGUUCCACUGUGUCGUUCAAGGAGACCCUGUUCCCACUGUCCGCUGGAGGAAAGAUGAUUCUGACCUGCCUAAGGGCCGAUUUGAAAUCCUUGAGGACCAUACCUUGAUCGUUCGCCAAGUGACCUCUUCAGAUGAGGGCUCCUAUACAUGUGUGGUGGAGAACAUGGUUGGAAAGUCUGAAUCAUCCGCCACGCUCACUGUGCACGUCAAUACUGUGCCCCCUGCAUUUGCCAUACGCCCCAGGAACCAGGUGGUGGCAGCGGGCAGGACGGUCACCUUCCAGUGCGAGGCCACUGGCAACCCACAGCCUGCUAUCUUCUGGCAGAGGGAGGGCAGUGAGAGUCUCCUGUUCUCUUACCAGCCACCACAGCCCUUAAGCCGCCUGUCUGUCUCCCAGAUGGGCAGUUUGACUAUUACCGAUGUUCAGCGCUCUGAUGGUGGCUUCUACAGCUGCCAGGCUCUCAACAUCGCCGGCAGUGUUAUUACCAAAGCACUGCUAGAGGUCACAGACUCUGGGUCAGACCGCCCUCCUCCUGUGAUUAGACAGGGCCCACUCAAUCAGACCGUUCCUGUGGACAGCACAGUGGUCCUGGGCUGCCAAACAGCUGAAUCUCCACCUCUGACAAUCCACUGGAAGAAAGAUGGCGUUGUGGUGUCUCCAGUGGACUCCCGCAUGUCCAUAGCAGACACAGGAUCACUGGAGAUCCGCUACGCUAAGCUGGGAGAUACUGGUUUCUACACCUGUGUAGCUUCUAGUCCCAAUGGAGAAGCUUCCUGGACAGCAUACUUACAGGUGGAGGAAUUUGGAGUUGUUAUUCAGUCCAGUCAGCCUGUGGACCCCAACCUGAUUCCCAGUGCUCCAUCUAAGCCUGAGGUGACUGACAUCGGUCGUACCUCUGUCACCCUGUCAUGGAAAUCCACCCCCAGUGCUGGAGCACCACCUACAUCUUAUCUGAUUGAGACAUUCAGUUAUACAUUAGGCAACAGAUGGGUGACUGUGGCUGAGCAUAUAAAGACACAAACCUUUGUACUGAGGAACCUGAAGCCUGCAGCUGUCUACCUCUUCAUGGUCAGAGCGGUGAAUGCUUAUGGCCUCAGCGACCCUAGUCCAAUCUCUGACUCUGUCAGAACACAGGACAGCACAUCCACCAUGCAGGGGGUAGAUCACCGUCACAUCCAGAGGGAGCUGGGAGAUGUAGUCAUCCACCUGCACACACCAACCGUCCUUUCGUCUUCUGCUGUCAGGGUGCAGUGGAUGGUCGAGCAGCAGUCCCCGUACAUUCAGGGUUACAAGGUACUUUACAGGGCAUCUGCUGAGCACGGGCAGCCAGAGGGGCAGUGGAGCGUCAUGGAGGUGCGCGCCUCACGGGAGGACGGGCUGGUGAUCAGUCACCUGAAAAGAGGAGCCAUCUACGAGUUCAAAGUGCGCCCCUUCUUUGAUGAGUUUCAGGGAGCUGACAGUGAGGUGAAGGUGGUCCGAACAUUGGAAGAAGCCCCUAGCAGAGCACCCCAGGGCGUAACAGUGACAAAGAGCGAUGCCAAUGGGACUGCCAUCCUCGUUGCUUGGAAACCGCCUCCGGAAUGGGAAGAGGCUGGAGUCAUUCAGGAGUACAAGAUCUGGUGCCUGGGGAAUGAGAGCCGCUAUCACAUGAACCAGUCAGUCGACGGCUCCACGUUUUCUGUGCUCAUUUCCAGUUUGGCGCCAGGAAUUCGAUAUAGCGUAGAGGUUGCAGCAAGCAAUGGUGCUGGACCUGGGGUCAAGAGUGAUGUCACUUUUUUUCAAUUAGACUCUGCAGGCCAGAUGAUGGAUAUCAGUGAGGAAAGAGACACUCUGUCUCAGAUCUCAGAUGUGGUGCGGCAGCCUGCAUUUAUUGCUGGCAUUGGCGCCACCUGCUGGCUGGUCCUCAUGAUUUUUAGUGUGUGGCUCUACCGUCACAGAAAGAAGAGAAGUGGCCUCAGCAGCACGUACACCGGCAUCCGCAAAGUCCCCUCAUUCACCUUUACACCUACAGUGGCGUAUCAAAGAGGAGAGUCUGUGUGCAGUGCUGGCAGACCUGGCCUUCUCAGCAUGGGUGAACCUCUGAACCAGCUGUGGCUGCCUGACAAUUGGCCAAAUGCAUGUGCCAAUCACAAGGACUGUAGCAUCAACUGCUGCAAUAAUGGCAACGGCACCAGUGACAGCAACAUGACAACAUACAGCCGACCAGCCGACUGCAUAGCUAAUUAUGGAAGCCAUCCAGAAAACAAGCAGGGGGGACAGCUUGGUUCUGAGACGGCCAUUUACAGCGACGUGAACCUCUCCAACAAGCUCAAUGAGAUUAAAACGUUCAACAAUUCCAACUUGUGCUACACGAGUCCAGGAGGAGAUUCAGCAGCCACAUAUGAACCCAUCCCAUACGCCACCACACAGCUCAUUCAGGUCAGCAUUAAGAAUAAAGCAGCCACUGGUGGCGCUAUAGGAGAACCUCUGGACAUGCCAUGCUGGAAACAGCCCCCCAACCCGCCUCCAAUACCUAAAGAGAUGGCUGCACAGAUGCAGUACAACAUCAUUGAGCAAAACAUGCUCAAUAAAGAUCAUUUGCAGGGAAGUGAAGGAGUGAUCCAUCCUAAAACUAUCCCCUACAACCAGAGCCGUGAUCACAGCACGGGAGGCUCACACCACAGCUCUGACAGAGGCAGCAACAGCACCUCAGGGAGUCAAAAUCAAAAGAAGGGAACAAGAGCCCCGAAGAUCCCAAAACAUAAUGCAGUAAGCUGGGGAGAAACCCUGUCUCCUCCUCAUGCUAAUGCCUGGGACUGUGAUGAGUACAGCCUGCCCAUGGAAAGGAGUUUUGAUCCAGAGGAGAGAAUAGAGGGCUGCCCUACUCCACCGGUUAGAGGGGCAGCCUCGUCACCUACUGAAGUGUCCUAUAGUCACCCUUCUAACCCAACACCACAGGGAGACCAGAGCAAUGUCCCGCACGAUGGAACAGGGCACCUCAGCCACCCCCACCCUCUCUCCCCAACACACACCUACAGCUCCAUACCCUUCUGCAUGGACACCGAUGUACAGGAAGAGGAUGAGGAGGAGGAGGAGGAGGAAGAGGCAGAGGAGGAGACGGACGCAGAGCUUGCUGAUAGUCACUUCAGCCAACACCACAACCAGCAGAAGCACAAACACCAGCUGCACCACCCCUCUCCACACAAGCUGCCACUGCAUGGGCUGGAGCAGACCCCAGCCUCCAGCACCGGGGAUCUGGACCGAUCGGUCACAGGGUCCAUGGUUAACAGCUGGGGCUCAGCAUCUGAGGACAACAUCUCAUCUGGCAGGUCCAGUGUUGUCAGCACCUCGGAGGGAUCCUUCUUUACAGAUGGCGAUUUUAACCAGGCAGUAACGUCUUCACGAGAUAUUGUAGGCCUGCGCAUGUGCAGAUACCCGGAGGAGUCAGGCCGGCGGCACCAGCGACCCAGCAGUCCCAUGUCCACAGACAGCAACAUGAGUCCUGCAAUAACACAUAAAAGACCUAGAAGACACAAACAGAACCAGUCCGGACAGCAGGGCUACCAGUCCAAAGAUGUCUUCAAUGAUGACUCUUGCAUGCCUAUGAAUUUCCCAAGUCAGAUGUCCCACGGCGACUAUAAAGUGAGGGGGGCCACGCUGCCUCGGAUGGGCUCAGGGGAGACCCGGGGUCGACGAGGCAGCACUGGGACUCACAGGGUCAAAGAGGCUGCAUUUGAGCAUAAAGACAACCAGGACAAGCACAAGACUCCACAAGGAGUUAAAGGAAGCAGCAAAAGCCGACAGCACUCAGAAUUUGGGGAUGUCCUUCUGUAUAGUCGUCCCUCUUUCCCAUCAGGUCAAGCUCAAAGGGAGCCUGAUGAUACCAAUUCAGCCAGCUUUAAGUCAUGUGGAGACUCAAGGACCAAACAGGGAGGACAGGUGGCACCUACAGGACAGGUCAAAGAGUUCCUGAAAAGCUAAGAAGCAAUGCAAGCACAAAAGGAAUAUCCUACAGUUGCUUCAGACGAAGGACUAUGACCUUGACCUUAUUGGAAAAAAAAGACUCUUAAAGUACUGCACAAUACAUGCUAUUGUUUUCUACUUCAAAUUUCUCAUAGGUGUUGGAAAAAAAGAAAAAGUGCUCUCAUGUUAAAGUCUGUGGACUUCAAUUUGAUGCACUGUUAUUGUUUGCUUGUUGGGUGACCAUCUUCCGGGAGCAAGAUGAAUGCACAUUUGAUGAUGGUCGUGAGUGUCUACACAAAUAUUGUCCAUGGCGACUGCUUGAUGCGGUCCUUACAUGAUCUUUGCCUGUCAGUUGUCUUGUUCUUUUACUGUAAUUGAUAUUCAGUCAUUACCAGCCAUCUUGUAAAUUCUUGAAAUUGUU